UCCUUCUUCAUCCUUUUAUUCCAUUCCUUUUUUUCUUGUCUUCUUGAACUUUAACUUCUCUGACUAUGCCUCAUAUCGACGAGAAUGGUCAGCUAAGAAUCAGGCGUCAGCAACCAAGACAACCUCCGCCAAGCAUAAAUACACUUCAAAGCACAUCUUCCAGCAACAGCAGUGGCCAUGCGCCUACAAUUUACUCCAACGAUAUAUCUACCCUAACCAACAUGACAAACGAUCUAUCGCUAGAAAAUCAGAACGCAAUCGGGGAUUACGAUGAAGACCAAUUUGGCAUUAUUGACAGCCUAGACUACGACGAUAUUGAUGAUGGUUUGAUCGACCACGAAAUGAUUCACCGACAACGAGAGGCUCUUAUUCAUCAACUCUAUACCUCUGAACAAGCCUACCUUGAAUCACUCGAGCUUGUCUUGAGUGCGUUUCUGAACCCCCUUCGAAAGAAUUCAAAGCAAUCUUCAUUUAACUUUCUUGGAAUGAAAAAGCUUGUUUGCACAGAUCGUGAGCUAAAAUGGCUUUUUGGAAAUUUCGAUGAAAUACUUGAAAUUCACCGUGAGAUACUUGCAAGUCUUGAACAACGUCUUAGUAUCUGGGGUCCCACCCAGAUCAUGUCCGAUGUUUUCCAAACCUGGUUUAGGUCUCUGGGAGUCUACCACUCAUAUUUAGAUAAUUAUGGAUUUGCUGUUACAACCUACGAACGACUCACUCGCUACCAGCCUUUCAAGAAGUUUAUUGAUGCAGCGCACAAAGACCCAAUCCUCAGAGGGGCCACAUUAUUGUCUCUACUUCAAAUUCCAGCAGGCUGUGUCAACAGAUAUGCCCAAUUAAUGUGUCAACUUGCUGAUGGCACCUCACCCAUGCACCCGGAUUAUGUUGGUCUGAUGCAGUGUAAAAAGCAAAUUCUUGUAAUUGCAGACGAGAUCAGACCAAAGGUUGAAGAUGCCGAUAAUGUGGACCAAGUGCUUAUGAUUCAACAGGCUCUUGUCGGUGCACCUUUUGGUGUGAAGGCUCAACGGAGGCUCGUGCUACAGGGCCAACUGUCGCGCGUUGUGAUCAAUUCAAGAUCCACAGGGGAGGAACGCACCUACCUUUUAUUCUCAGACAUUCUCGUAUUUGUACGACCUAAACAAGACCAGAACAAGACUCUUUUGCAAUACAAAGGGCACUUGAAUCUCGAGCGAGCUCGCAUUCGGGCUCUUUCGGUAGACGAAGCGGGUGGCCAAGAGUUUUGCAUUGAAAUUACCUCGUCGUUUGAGGGAGUCGAUACCUUGAAUACGACUUACAUGGGAUCACCUACUGUUCAUGUAUUACACACCCAGAGUUUCGAGGAACAGACUGAAUGGCUUAAGCGCCUGGAGAUUGUGAUUAAGAAGCUCGAUCGGGAGGCAACAGCAGUAAGAGUCGCUGCAAGCAAAAGACUUGCCAAUAGCAGAUCACCCCCCGAUUCAUUAAAGCGACAGGGAACGACGAUCUCAAGCUCCUCAUCUAAAUUGUCUACCGGAAGCACUGGUAGUGUUCACAGCAGCAAUGGUUCUAAUGGACGGUCCUCAAAACAGUAACAGCUACACCUUUACAUUCCUUUAUUUUCUCAGCCUUUUAAAAGACCUUUCUUUAUUUUCAUAUUAAGAAACAAAACUCUAGAAGAAUCUUGUCCUGAUCUGAUUCUACACUCUUUAUGCCAAAAAGAAGCAAAUGACCACCAGGCUGUGGUUAUUUAUAUUCUCUAUAAUCCUUUACUAUGCCUUCCCUUCCUUCCCUUCUAUUUCCUUUCCUUUACCUUACUUUACUUUCUAUACACGCAUUAUACUAUAUACACUGUACAACUCUUGAAGUUUACAAGAUUUAAAUAGAUAUUCAAAUAAUUUAUAUAAAAAGUUCUAUUAAACUUGUUCUCCACAUGACAUUUUUCCAGCCAGAAUAUAUAUUCAGGAUAGGAAUUUAAUCCUAAUUGUUGGCAGAAAAUAUUAUUGUUUCCAUUCCUUUAUUUAUUUUUUCAAAAAAAAAAAGAUAAAAACUAUUAAAAGGAAAACGGCCGAAUUCCGUGAAUUAUUCCGGUUCUCGUAAGAUGAACUUGAGAAAACAAGAUGGCGGAAAAACAGAGUUUGAAGAUCCUAACAGCACAAAAUCUUGAAGAUGAAACAUGAAGCUUGUAUUCCCCGCCUACUACGGUUAUCACUAUAGCAAUACAAAUACACAUACCCACACUAAAAGGCUUGGUUGAAUCUGAUAAAAGAGAGUAAAAUCCUUCUAGCCAAAGACAAUUAUAGAAGUCUAUUAUUUAAAUAAACGGCUAUUC